CAAUCGAAAUAAAAAUGUUCACAACCAGAACUACAGCAAGAGAAGAGCACUUAUCCAGGGCUACUUUCACGCUGCCAAUUUUUCCAAGUCCAGUACAUACUGCUAAUUGCUAGCAUGAUGGGAGGAAACUAGCAUGUUCAGGGUCAGUUCCCGAUUGCGAAAUUCCCCCAUGUGCCCAUUCUAGAUGUCGAAAACGAGCAGAAAGCGAAAGGCUGGUGAAGCAGUGGCCAGUGUGCCGUUUGCACCAGGAUUCAAACCUCCCGGAGCUGCGAAAGUCAAGCGCGCGCUUGGAAGGUUGACCAAGCCAGACUCUGCUUAUGAAGAUGACGGUGAAACUCCAUUCUUCCAGUCGAUACCCAAGCCCACUUCCGAGGACGAUUGGUUAGCACAAUACAAUGAAACUGGUCAGACGUAUGAUCAGUUCUUAGAGCAAAGUCCAUGGCUGGCCUCACGGCGUCUCACGAACAUGAAACAAACAUUCAACAAAUCAGGUCAGAAUCUAGCUGAGAAGUAUCCUGAUGGCAAGAUCUACUUACUUCCAUUGGGUUCGUUUGGUGACGAGAUUCCCAGCGAGCAAUUUGAUAAGCUUGUUGAGUACACACAAGCAUUCUUUGGCUCGGUGCCCGUCGUACAACUGCCAGGCGUGGCGUUGGAUGUGGACAAGAGUGCGGUAUACUGGAAUGGCGAAGUAAGAACUGAACCUGAGCAUGAGAGCGACAACAGACACGGUGAACCUGCGGAAGCAGCAGCAGCACCUCCACCGGCAAAGCGGUGCAAACCGUCCGGCAGGGCCGCCAAGGGCCAUCGUCAUCCACUCUCCGCACGGUUUCACAAGACGCAAGAAGGCACCACGCGUGUUCAGCUUCGUGUGGACGGAGUACUGGAUAGGUUGCGGAGGAGCAUACCAGAUGAUGCUCUGUGUUUGGUGGCGCUGACAAUGAUGGACUUGUUUCACUCCAAACCGGAUCUGUUCGUUGCGGGAUAUGCAGGAUUUCUUCAUCGAGUGGGCGUGUUUAGCUUCCAUCGGUACCAGCCCGGGUUGAAGUUUUCAUCAGAGUUUUGGCAUGAGCUCUGGCAGGAGGAGGAUUCUAGUACUGCAUGUGAAUGCAGAUCACAGGAAGUACUAUUGCAGCGCAGCUGCCGUCUCCUGGUGCAUGAGAUAUGCCAUCUAUUCUGCAUCGAUCACUGCAUAUUCCAUGCAUGCUGUAUGAACGGUUCUGGUCACCUCCAGGAGGAUUUCAGUCAACCCAUGUAUCUGUGCCCAGUUGAUCUUCGUAAACUGCAAGUUCUGUGCGGGUUCAAUAUCGUGGACCGCUACAAAAAGCUGGCGGAAUUCUUUCAACGUAAUAAUCUCACCAACGAAUCACAAUGGUACAAGCGCAGAAUCGAGUUCAUCGAGACGGCAGGAAAGGAGUGAUCAGAGCGGCAAAGUGCAUAGUACUCAUGUUACUUUGUGAAGCAGCAUGAUUUUCCGGUGUUCACCUUGAUGUGGGUACCAUAAUCACCAUCACAGAACAGGUAUACAAGGUCAUGAUUAUAAUGACGUUUUAAAACGUACACAGAGUUUGGGUAAUUUUCUACUUAUUUACGCCAUGACGUGUGUAAUGCUCAUGCUAGUUUUCGGGGCAUACAGGAGAAGAAAUUGCAUCUGCUUCCCGUUGACUUCAAUUAUUUUAGUUCUUAUCAUGAGUAGGCUGCAGACUAACUAAGAGAAGCCAUGAAAUAUGCUGCAGACUUCUGUUGUAGACUUGAUUCAUUGUACAGUUUAUUCAGCAUGUUAGGUGUUAGAUGUUUUUGCACUAUUUCUUUACCUGUAUGAUAUCCUUUCUGCCAAGUUA